CUCAUCGUCUUGAUCUUACCUGUCUCGUGGACAUCUGACCAAAAUGACUGUCAAUGACUCGGAAGCCUGGCUUGAGGCCUUGGACAGGGACGGCUACUGUGUCGUUCCCAAUGUCAUCCCUAUCCAAGCGUGUAAGGAAUACCAAGACAGUGCGAUGACCUGGCUUGAAGGGUUUGGGAAGGGGUUCAAACGUGACGACCCAUCCACCUGGUCUGCAGAGCAUCUUCCGAGACACUUCGCUGGUGGUAUGUACUCAUGUCACGGAGUCAUGCAUUCCGCUUGGGUAUGGAAGAUCCGAACACAACCCGGCAUUCAGGAGGUCUUCAAGAAAGUCUGGGGAGAGAGCGACUUGGUCGCAUCAUUCGAUGCCUGCAACAUCUCCCUUCCUCUCGGACCUCAAGCGAGGAAAGAUAUCGAGCCUACAAAGCCUUGGCCUCAUAUCGAUCAGAGCCCAGAGCUUGUACACAAGAGACAAGAGGUUCAGGGUAUCGCCAACUUAUAUCCCAGCGGACCUAAUGAUGGAGGCUUAGUCGUCGUGAAGGGUUCAUCCAAAUUACACAGGCAGUACUUUGAUGAACACGGUCGGUUCCCAUUCGAUGCCAAUGUCGACCCAAAGAAUGUCAAGGAACGCGGUAUGCAUUUUGACUACAAAGAGCUCGACUGGUAUUUGGCGCACGGCGCGGAGAUCAUAAAGGUGUGCGCCAAUGAGGGAGACUUCAUCUUAUGGGAUUCCCGAACGAUCCACUGGAAUAGAUCCCCGCAAGGUGAUCAAACUCGAUUCGCAACUUAUGUAGCCUAUGCGCCUCGUAAAUGGAUGACCGAGGCAGAGCUGGAGACAAAGCUGGAGGUCUUUAGGAAAAGAAUUGGUACAGGACAUGUGGCUACCCGUAAUCCAGAUGAGAAGCACAAUAAGGACCGUGAUCGGUGGGAUCUCGAGGACGGAGCCAAGUCAGUCCCCGCCAGACCCAGAGAGGAGCCUGAAGAGUCGCCCGAGAUCAUGUGGGCAGUCGGUGUGCGGCCUUAGGCAGCAAAGUUGUUGAAAUUGAUGCAGCUAGUCUAUCACCCGGCACGAUCUCACCGGUAU